GAUCUCGGACUGAGGGGUCUGCGCCAUGGGCAAGAAGCAGAGAGGCCACGGCGGCGCCCCCACCGCCCGCGCAAGCGUGCAUGAGGGCCGUGCGUCCUAGGCGAUCUGCGAUGUUGGGGUCCGCGCCUUGCUCCAGGAGAUUGGCUGGGAGAACUCACCAAUGGGGAGCUCUGGGAGGCGGGCCUAGAACGCCACCAGCUUGAGGAAGACAGCGAAUUUCAAGUUGGCUGCGGCGUGUGCUCCGCGUGGGGGAGGGGCAGCAGGUCAUGUCAUUUUUGGAUAUUUGUCCUUCAAUCAAUAUCCAACAAAUAAAACAAAAAAUCUAUGGCUCAAGAAAAUGCAUUCUACAUUUCCAUUGUAAAAGAGAGCUAUCCUAGUGGUAACAUUCUUGAUAAAGAAAACCAUCCCUUUUGUUUUCUGAUUAUAGAAGUAAUAUGCAUUUAUUCUAGAAAAUUUGGAAAUCUAUAAAGGUUUUCCUCAUUGGAUCUCUGACUCCCCAGGCCCCCUCCACCAUGGCCAGCCGGGGCGGGGGCCGGGGUCGCGGCCGAGGCCAGCUGACCUUCAGCGUGGAGGCUGUGGGCAUUGGCAAGGGGGAUGCCUUGCCCCCACCCACCCUGCAGCCUUCUCCUCUCUUCCCUCCCUUGGAGUUCCGCCCAGUGCCUCUGCCCUCGGGAGAGGAAGGGGAAUAUGUCCUGGCACUGAAGCAGGAGCUACGAGGGGCCAUGAGGCAGCUCCCCUACUUCAUUCGGCCUGCUGUCCCCAAGAGAGAUGUGGAGCGUUACUCGGACAAAUAUCAGAUGUCAGGGCCAAUUGACAAUGCCAUCGACUGGAACCCAGAUUGGCGACGUCUACCCCGAGAGCUAAAGAUCCGAGUAAGGAAGCUACAGAAGGAGCGGACCACCAUUCUGCUCCCCAAGAGGCCCCCUAAGACCACAGAAGAUAAGGAGGACACAAUACAGAAACUAGAGACCCUGGAGAAGAAGGAGGAGGAAGUGACUUCAGAGGAAGAUGAGGAGAAAGAAGAAGAAGAAGAGAAGGAAGAGGAGGAGGAGGAGGAGUAUGACGAAGAGGAGCAUGAGGAGGAAACUGAUUACAUCAUGUCAUAUUUUGACAAUGGAGAGGACUUUGGGGGUGACAGUGAUGACAAUAUGGAUGAGGCUAUAUACUGAAGAAGGACUCUAAACAAUACCCUGGACCUUCAUAUCUUUUUAAAUUUAGGAUACAGAAAGUAAUUGUCCCCUAUAAUUUGGUUUUGUGGACAAGCAAACCAUUUGCUUACAGUCCAGAUAACCUGUUUGGUCCCUGGAGAUGGGAAUGGAGAAUGACAGCAGAUAGCUCUUUUCUACCCUUCCCCUCCCUCUCUCCUCUGACAUCAUAGUACCUCUGAUAUCCUGGGGAAAGGGCAAGGGACCAGUGUCUGAACUGUAUGCAAGGGAGAAAGGAGGGUUGAAAGAAGGACUGAAGUCGUUGAGUUGAGACAGCUGUGCACAUGCCCCUACCCAUUUUUAAUAGUUCUUUGUGGAGAUAAUGGUGGUGGGAGCAGUUAGGAGGAGUAAGGACAGUUUUAUAUUUUUAAAUAAAAUGUUUUUAUCUGUCUCUCUGACCAGGUGAGGCUUAGUGGGAGACGGCUGGAGAACGAAGGGGGUGCCCAGUGAGCCAUUCUUCUCUCCUUCCCUGCUAAGAGUCCAGGGUCACACAGUGGGGGUUACAGCCUUCGGGUCCUUUGCCUCUUCCCUGCUACCCCCUGCUGGGACCCCCAGUCUAGCUCUGCAAGGACCGUUCAGGAACUCACCUGCAGGGCUUCGCAGGGUGAGUUGUAAAGAACAGCCCACGCCCUGGAGACCAGCUGGCUUCUGAGCCUCUGAUCCUCAGGCAGUGGGGACACAAUUGUCUCUGUUCACAUGUGUUCACAGGCCCUCGCUUUCCCACACUUGACCUUGAUCCUGUCCUUGUUUACAGGGAAUGAUUAGAGCUAUUUUUGUGGGGAGAGUCAAGAAAGCCAGGUGCGGGGAGGGGGCAGGGAGGAGGUGCUGGUUCUUCUUUAGCUCGCUCGCUCGCUAGCUCACCCUCUUCCAGGCCCUGGAGGCCCCACUUCGAUGUAUGUCUGUGAAGAGGGAGCCCCUGAACAUCCUAUUCUCUACACAAAAGCUGCUGUGUGACUGAGUUUCGGUUUCUCUUCUGGUUCUUCCUUUCUGGAAUUUAGUUAGCCUUUGUCUCACUCUCUUCUUGUGGGGAAGGGAAGGGGGUGGCCGUCUUGCUUUACAGGAAGUAAGGAGGGUGGGGAGGAAGGGAGUGACUUAGGGACACUCAGCUCGGAGAGGUGCUUUCUCGCCCACACAGUUCUCCCUGGGGUGAGGUCACUUCCCUUGGCUCUGAUUGGCUUCCAAGGGAGCCCUAAAUGAACUGAUUGGUUCCAGUCACUUGACAUGCAACAGUCACGGGCAAGCUGCGUGUCCAGAAUAGGGACUGGGUAAGGAGGCAGGCACAGAUUGCUGGGAUGCUGUCAUAGCGACCUCACUAAACAUUUGAAAGCCAUAAAGAUGGGAUGCAGGAGAAUCUUCAAGAAAUUCCCCAACCAUAUUCAGGCAGGCAAGCUGAAUUCCCUACAGCGUCAAGGGGUAGAGACGGGCCAUCUAAUGUUAGAUAUUUCUGAUGCCAUUGUAAAGAAUGAGUAAGUGCUGUGACUCCAUUGAGGGGAAGCACCUGAAAAGCCUGGUUUGGGUGAGGUGGUAGGUGGUAAGAUAGAAGCAGGCAAGAGAACAGAGAAGGAAACGGGAAUAGAAAUAGAACAUUCCAGGCCUAUUGAGCAAUUUGUGCUGAUUGAUGUGUUUCCUUUUCUAGUUCUCUGAGGUAUUGUGUGAGUGGAGUGGGGGGAGGGGCCAGGGAACCUGCCACUGGGGUUUCCCACAGUCACGCUGUAGUCUGUGAUCGUGGCUGGGAAGAAAUCAGCAGGAAACAAAAAUAAAAGACCCUGAAAAAUC